GCAAUAACUAAUAUAUUGUUAAAUAUACAACUUGUUGAAUAACACAUCCCGAUAACAAAUGACCAAGAAUAAUUCUUCCGAAGAUAUUACUGAAUAUUAUGAUGAUCCAACUAUUUUGAAUGAAAAAUUGGAUGAAUUGGCCCAAUUGCUCCAAUCAUCAAAACAUGUUGUCUUUUAUACAGGUGCUGGUAUUAGUACUUCUGCAGGUAUUUCUGAUUUUAGAGGACCUAAUGGUAUUUGGACAAUGAAAGAGAAGGGAAUGAAGGCAAAAGCUUCUUCAUCAACUAUUAAGCUCCCAACUCCAACUCACAUGGCCAUUGCAACAUUGUAUCAGAGAGGAAUGAUCAAGUAUGUGACUAGUCAGAAUGUGGAUGGUUUGCAUGUGAAAUCUGGAUUUAGUAGAAAGGAUAUUUCAGAAUUGCACGGAAAUACCAAUGUUGAGCUAUGUAAAAAUUGUAAUUGUGAAUAUUUGAGAACUUUUAGAUGUAGAAAUGCAGAACAUGUGCAUGAUCACAAGACUGGAAGAAUGUGUGAACAUUGUGGACAUGAAUUGGAGGAUAGUAUUAUCAAUUUUGGAGAAAAUUUACCUGAAGAUCAAUUGGAUAGAGCAGAAUUGAAUGCCAAGAAGGCAGAUUUGGCCAUCGUUUUGGGAACCUCAUUGAGAGUGAGCCCAGCAUGUGACUUGCCUGAAAUGUGUUUAAAGAAGGGAGGUAAAAUGGUGAUUGUAAACUUGCAAAAGACUCCAAAGGAUAAAAAGUCAUCACUGAGAAUUUUUGCCAAGACUGACGAUGUCAUUAAUGGAAUAAUGGAAAGAUUAUCACUCUCCAUUCCAUCCUAUGUAUUGAAAUCAGAAUUUACUCUUGGAGCUACUGAAAAGGAAGAAAAAUCAAUAUUUGGAAAUAUUAGAAGAAAGAUUGGAGUUUCAUUGACCUCACCAAUUAAGGGUGCUAGAAUAUUGUCAGAACUGGAAAUGAGAUUGGUAUGUGAAAAGAAGAUUUUAAAGUAUACCACUCCAACUAUUGAUGAAAUUCCACAAGAUUGUAAAAAGGUAGUAGCCAGAUUGAGCUUUAAUUUAGAUCCAAAAUUUGGCAAGGAAGCUGAAUGUGAAUUGGUGUUGGACAAUCCACAUUCAUCAAAGACAUUCUUCAUCAAUGUCGAUACUUCUGAUAAUUCAGUGCAAGUAACUGAAGCUUUGUAAAUAUAAAAUUUUGUAAAUAAUUCAUUUCAAUCUAAAAGAAAAUGAAACGAGUUGAACGCAAUAAAUGGUUUCUUCCAAGUUGUACU